AUGGAUGCAGAUCAAUGUGAGAGAUGCCCAGAAGAUCACUAUUCCAAUGGGGAAAACAAUCGAUGCCUCCCCAAAAUGUUCAGCUUUUUGUCUUUCAGUGAACUCUUAGGAAUCAUCCUGACUUCCUUUGUUCUUUUCUUUGCUGCAGCCACCAUCAUGAUGGCAAUAAUGCUUAUUCUGCACUGGGACACCCCCAUUGUCAAAGCCAACAAUAGAAGUAUCAAGUGUGCCCUGCUUUCCUCACUUUUCCUUUGCUUUCUGUGUCCCUUUCUGUUCAUUGGUUGGCCUGGAGAAGUGACCUGCUUUCUCCGGCAAACACUGUUUGGCACUGUUUUUUCCAUCUCCGUUUCCUGCAUCUUGGCCAAAACCAUUACGGUCGUUCUUGCCUUUGUGGCCACCAAGCCAGGAAACCAGAUGAGUAAGUGGGUAGGGAAAAGGCUGGCAGGAUUUGUCAUCGUCUUCUGUUCUGUCACUCAAAUAGGCUUCUGUGUGGUGUGGCUGGCCACGUCUCCUCCCUUCCCAGAGUUGGACAUGCAUUCCCUGACAGAUAAGAUCAUAGUGCAAUGCAACGAAGGAUCAGAGAUCAUGUGGUACAUUGUCCUGGGCUACCUGGGGCUUCUGGCCAGCAUCAGCUUUGCUGUGGCUUUCUUUGCUAGGAAGCUGCCUGAUACUUUCAACGAAGCCAAGCUGAUCACCUUCAGCAUGCUUGUGUUCUGCAGUGUUUGGGUGUCCUUCUUUCCUGCCUACCUUAGCACCAGGGGAAAAUAUAUGGUGGCUGUGGAGAUCUUCUCUAUCCUGACCUCUACUGCUGGCCUCUUGGGCUGCAUCUUCCUCCCCAAGUGCUACAUCAUUCUCUUGAAGCCACAUUUAAACACAAAAGCACAUCUGACAAGGAGGAUUAAACACAAGAUCCCCAAAAACUACCAGCAUCUUCUUUCCAUGUUUUUUGCCAUCCACGACAUCAACAGCAACAUCAAGCUGCUACCCAACACCACGUUUGGGUCGCAGGUCUAUGAUAAUUAUUUCCAUCCAAGGAUUACUAUGAAGAACAUGCAAGAUCUUCUCUUUCAGCAACAAGGGAAUACCAUCAACUACAACUGUGUCAGAAGGAGCAAAAGGAAGCUCCUGGCUAUCCUUGGUGGCCUCACCUCCCCAAACUCCAUCCAGAUGGCCCACAUUCUGAACACCUACAAGAUUCCCCAGCUCCACUACUUUCUGAGACACGUGCGUUUUAACAAUACGGUGGGGGAUGACAUCUUUUUUGAUGAAAAGGGGGACUAUGACCCUGGUUAUGACAUCUUCAACUUGGUCACCUUCCACAAUCAGACCUUCCACAGAGUCCAGAUUGGAAGGAUGGACUCCAAAGCCCCCGAUGGGAAAAAGCUCACCAUCAAUGAAGGUCCCUCCCCGUGCCAGAUGCGUUGA